AUGGACUUGGAGGUCGUUAACGUCGGUGAUGGGCGGCGCGCCACCCUGGUAGAACACCUGUUGGCACGACUGGAGCAGCACGGCCUGCGGCGCCGACUGGCUGCCGAGGACGACGCCACAUCGUACGCUGUGGAUGUCGCCGCCCGCGGAGAUACAGGGGAAAGCGCGGAGGACGGCAAUGACGAGGUGCAUACAUCAGGGGAAAAUGGCACUGGCGGCUCCAGAGCCGCACCCUCGUGCUCCUCAAGUGUCGGGGAUUUCUCUCCCGUGGCGCAAUCGAAGGCCUCCGAAACACGAGAAGCGUACUACUACCUCUGCGUUCCUUGUGAGCUCCGCCUUACGCGUAUCAGUCGUCGUCCGCCACCGUGGCGUGCGCUCGAGGACGUUCACUUCCACUUCUCCUCUGCAACGCACCGCGCCACGGCAUCGUGGAUGGCGGACGAUGACAUUGACGAGACCCUCCACUCCACACCCCUCGUCACGCCGACGGACUACUACAGUCGCAUCUACGUCAACGGGAUCCCAACGCUCUUGUCCCGCCGCCCGGGUGGGGGAGACAUGUUCUACCCACUUCCGCACGAGCAGGAGCUUGUGGCCUCCUUAAACGCCUCAGCUGCAUGCGAUUACGACGGUGUAGACGAGCGGCAUGGCUCGCGGACGAAGUCACAGUCCUCAACGGUGUCAGUCACACACAUCGGCGGGUUAUUCCCCCCGUCGGCGCCAAGAGGUGCGCAGGGAGGGGCACCUGUGCUAUGGCAUCGUGCACUCCUCAGUCUCUACACUAAAAUGGUUCAGGUUGUACGUCGCACACGCUCUAGUAGUCUUGCCGAUGUGUCCUCGGACCGCCGAAAGUACCGUGUGGACCGCACGAGGUCGCGAAUUAUGGUAGGUGUCGACCAUGUCAGUCUUGGUGAGUACCGCGAGCAAUCCUGGUUGCCGCUGUACAAGGUGCCGCUGUCGCUGGCGUUGUAUCGACUCCGCCGGGAGCGCGUCCCCAAGCCUCUGCUGGCACGCCCAGAGUACACCGGCCGACAAGGACAGGCUGUGCCACUUCAGUGCAGUGAGGCCGCGGUGCUCGCCGCUCAGGCAGCUGAUGUGGCGCACAGGUCUGUUUAUACGCAACCCUACCAGCCAAUCUCGGAGGGCUCUCGCGAUGAUCACAGACAAAGCGACGCCUUCUCAACGUCUGUCCCCGUGCCGACCACAGUCUUUGAGGACGAGUGCUAUCGGGUUGCUCUCCUCUCCGCAGUGGAACGGGCGCACCACGAGGACCUCCUGCACACAGAGACCUCUCGACGGCUGAGCCGCUCCGUAUGCGUGGCCAACGGUGAACCACAGGAGAUGCAUCACCCAGUACUGACGCUUGAGCUACUCAUGCAGCACACCCAGUCCACUUCCCAGCCCUGGGGCCCUGCUGUCGGGACCAACACCGCCUUGCGUAGUACCUUUGUGUCGACCACUGCACCGCCGAUGCUCUCUCAUCGCAGCAGCAUCGGUCACCUUACUCGCCGUAGUAGUCCAAGCAGCACGUCAUCUGCGCCAGUGUCGGAGGACCCCACCACUUCGAGUUCGUCAAUCCACACCCGCAAGCGUGCCAAGCGAGAAGGCUGCCGGUGA